CGCAGCCUCAGUAACUGGUCGUGUUCGGGGAAGAACUGGGCGUCGCCGCCCUCAUGCCGACAAUUUUUUUUUAUUAGACGCAGUCAUCCCCAGUUCAACUUGACCGACAUGGGAGAUUAGACGCCUCGUCUUGACAGCAAGAAGAAGCUUCCGAGCGAUGACCACACCACAAUAACCAGAGUAGCGCCACUCCGCUUGACCGACAUGGGCAAGGAACUGGCAGUUGACCGAGCGCCCGCCAUGAAAACGCGCGGGGAGGCCGACGGAAUCGUCAAAUGCUGCUACCUUGACAAGGAGAACACGGAGAACUACCGUACCAAGCCAUCUGAGCGUGUUAAGCCACCGAUUCAGCAAUGCAAUGGAGCUGGGGGCCCUGCGAUCGACUACACGAAGCAGAAAGUGACCGACGUACCGAUGAUUGUUACCGUACCGCCACACCCCGUGGCUGUGGGCUUCAAUCAAUUGGUUAAGGUGCAUGUGUCAAAGGAUUACAUGAAGUUCAAUGCCGCUCACUUCAUCGCGUUCAAGGGAUUCCGUGAGAAGCUGCAUGGACACAAUUAUCGCCUGGCCGUCACAAUUACAGGCCAGGUUGGCUCGGAUGGAUACGUAGUGGACUUUGGAGAAAUCAAGAGGAUCUCUCGGGUGAUCUGCAAGGACUUGAACGAAUCUUUUAUCGUGCCCAUGAAGAGCGAUGCACUGAAGAUUUCGUGUGACGGCAAGAAUAUACAGAUUAUUACGGAAGACAUGGCGGCGUUCAGGUAUGAAUGUGUUUUUGAUUGCAUGGCUUAUCUAACGUCGUUAUCCUAUCAUUCUCUUCCAGUUUCCCGAAGGCUGACUGCUCACUGCUACCUAUUGUACACUCGUCAGCAGAGGAGCUCGCCAUUCACAUCGUAGGUUCUCUAGUGCUUGAUUUGGAUGGGAUCAAGUUAGCUAACGCAUUCUCGUUUUAUUUUAUUUUUUUUUAUUUUUGUUGUUGUUUGCUUUAACCAGAGUAACGAACUUGUGGCCGCGUUCACGCUGGAUGCUCUCCUAGAGCGCGGUGUGCGGAAGCUGGAGGUAUCAAUCUCUGAGGCAGACCAGCAGUUCGCAUCGUAUGAGCGCGUCCUCCUUACGCAAAAUAUCUAAGAGACCACCAAACAAAUGUACUUAUACUGGAUCAAGUAGUAUGUCGAAAAUGGAACCAAAAAAAAAAAAACUAGCGUUUAAUUUUUUAAUUUAUUACUUGCAGUGCAUGAAAUUGAGAAUCCAGAUUAAACUCAUUUUGAUUCAAACACGAUCUUGUAUCAG